AACAUUUUCGACACGAUGCGGCUCGGAGAUGAGGUCGACCAAUCGAGAGCGAGUUCGAAGAAGGAGGCGGGAGAAAGGAGCCGGCUGCGAACCGCCACGGAAAACCAAUCCCAGGAGAGAGGGGCGUGUCCUGCGCGGGAGGACCGCCCCUUUCCCAUUCCCUGCUGGCUUUCGAUCUUGCCGGUUGCUGGUGUCUUUCCCCGGCUGACCUUCCCGCCUUCUCCGCCCGACAUGCAGCGAGCCGGGGGCAGCGGAGGAACUGCAGCCACCAUGUCGCGCACCGGCCCGGGAGCCAUCCAGAUCAGCAGGAUCAUGUGCCCAGAUGAUGCCAACAUUGCCGGGAACGUCCACGGGGGAACCAUCUUGAAAAUGAUCGAGGAAGCGGGCGCCAUCAUUAGCACUCGCCACUGCAACUCUCAGUCUGGGGAACGCUGUGUGGCUGCCCUGGCCCGCGUGGAGCGCAUGGACUUCCUCUCACCCAUGUGUAUUGGGGAUGUGGCGCACGUCAGCGCUGAGAUCACCUAUACUUCUAAGCACUCCGUAGAAGUUCAAGUGAACGUGGUAUCCGAAAACAUCUUCACAGGUGCAAAGAAAGUGACGGAUCAGGCUACUCUCUGGUACGUGCCUCUUGCUCUUCAGAACGUGCAUAAAGUCUUGGAAGUUCCUCCUAUUCAGUAUGCAGGGACUGAACAGGAGGAGGAAGGAAGGAGACGCUACGAGGAGCAGAAGCUGGAGCGCUUGGAAACCAAGGAGAGAAAUGGGGAUGUCAUUCUGCCAGUUAUCAAUCCAGAUAGGCAAAGAAAAGACCCAUACACCGUCGGCUACAGUCAAUCCAGCUUGAUCCACCUAGUGGGGCCAUCCGACUGCACUUUGCAUGGAUUCGUGCAUGGAGGUGUUACUAUGAAGCUGAUGGAUGAAGUGGCUGGAAUCGUUGCUGCCCGGCACUGCAAGACCAACAUAGUCACGGCGUCUGUGGAUGCCAUUAAUUUCCAUGAGAAGAUUAAAAUAGGCAGCGUGAUCACAGUUUCGGGGCGCAUGACCUUCACGAGCAAUAAGUCCAUGGAGAUCGAGGUUUUUGUGGACGCCGAACCUUUUGUGGGCGAGUCGCAGGAACGAUACCGUGCCGUCAGUGCAUUCGUCACCUAUGUGUCCCUGAAUAAGGAAGGGAGACCGCAGCCUGUCCCGCAGCUGGUGGUAGAAACAGAAGACGAGCGGAGGCGUUUCGAAGAGGGGAAAGGACGCUACCUCCAAACCAAAGCCAAGCGCCAGGCAAAGAUGAAGCCGCUGACUCAGCAGUGACAUUCAGACAGCUUUCGCUUCCAGGAGAGAGCCGCCCUCCGCAUUUACAUUCGGAAUCUUCAUUUCAGCCAGAUCAACUGCACAUCUGACUGGGGGAGGGAGCCACCUCUCCCUGCUCCCCCCCCCCCCAAAAUUCUCUGGAAAUGAAUAACCUGUCACAUCAGUACUUGUAGCUCAUUCGAUCACCACUCCCGGAAAAGCCCCAAGCAACCUAUGAUGUAGAGAGGGAAGGUCUCCUGGGCUGUGGGAAGGGAAAGAGGGGAAAUUGGAUUGGUGCUGGAGAAUCGCGGCCUACAGUUUCGAAGGCUCAGUGCGUGAAUGAGGACAGGUGUACACUACCGGUUUAGAAAAGAAUUUGCUGUGAAAUCAGCACAAUACAGAUGAAUCAAAUGUUUCAGUGCAUAAAAGUGUUGGUAUUUGUGGUUAUGAUAUUCAGUCUCUCUAAAUUCAGUCUCUCUAAAUCUGUCUCCCCCCACCAAAUACGAGACCUUUCUGCAAAAUACAGAGAAGCUCAUAUAUCGGGGUUCCGGCAUCUCCGUCAUGUCGUAUUUCAUUCUCAUCCCUGUGAACACAAAGAAACUGCUUCUUCCUAGUUGCCAGCUGAAAACACUGCUCCAAUAUAUGGGGUGGCCUCUCCACAUUCCAUUCCACUUCUCUUGAAUAUAUAUAAAUAUAUAUAUGUAUGUAUGUAUCCAGUUUAUUUAAGGAAUAUCGUUAGUAAAGGCUGUUUGCCUUGUAAUUCGGUUAAACCUA